CGCCAAACCUACGGGAGCACGGCAGCGGCUCGCUCAGACGGGGCCUCCGCACUCUUCUGGAACACCGCUGGCUAGGGGUUGGAUUGCGUCUCUCCAAAAUGCCUCUCCAAAAACCCGAACGCCCGGCCCCUCAGAAGCCCCAGAACUCCAAGGAGAUAAACGAGUGCCGUGGGAGCCGCCCGGUGCGCGCUGCUCUGUCCUGGUGGCCUGAGCUCGCCAUGCAGCGGCGGACAAGCCAGCGACAGGAAGGCACGGCUGGGUCUCUGCACACAGGCUUUUGUUCAAAUUGCUGGAAACGUCAUUUGGUCCUGAUCAGGGAGGUCGCCAGCGCGCAGAUGGCCAGCACUGCGCCCUCCACUUGCGAGUUGGUCCAGACUUCAGGGGUCCGUUUCUGUGGGGAUCUGCUGGAGGUGACGAUGCAGGAGGAGCUGGAGGCGGAGGCGCCAGACCCUUCCACGUGCCUCGGUUUACCAUCCAGCCAGAGGGUCAGGCUGGGUGGCUCCAGCCUGCGAGGAACGGAGCUGGCAGCCUGGGUGACAGACCGGGCAGCGGGCUGGGUGUGGACGCAGCUUGGCAGCGCUGGGCCGGCGGGCAGGACCCUGGAAGCCCGGGCCCCGGUCGGCCCCUCCCCCGCCCCCCUCCCCUGCCUGGUUAGCAUGGCAACAGCCUCCUCCCUGGUUCCGAGAGGGCCGCUGAGUCACGGGCCCAACUGGGAACAUGACAGGGUCCCCCUGCAGGACAGUGGCUCCGGUCCAGGAGGAAGGCUCAGUGGGAGGCAGGCUGCGUGGGGGAGGGGAGGCACCAGGCACCACCUCCGAGAGCUGCGGUUGGGACCGGGACGGGUCGGGCCUCAAAGUCUAGCCACAAACACAGCAGGCUUUUCAGCACCAGCUCAGCUGAGCACCACCUCUGGGGACCCCUUGGUCCCUGCCCUGCCCCUGGGUCUGUCUGCUUCCGCUCUUCCUGAAGGACACUUUGGCCAGAGCGAGGCUUGGCCUGCACGUGAGGCCAUGUGUUCCUCUGCCCCGGGCCCAGGGACGUGCUGAGAGCCUCCAGCUUCCUGCUCCCACGCGAGGGCCAGGCAAGGGCUGGGGCACCCACCCGAGCCCACCUGCCAGCUCUGAUCUGGCUCAGGGCUCCAGAGCCCCCCCCCCAGGCCCCCACCCCUGGGGCCAGGCCCACCAGCACUGCCCAGAUCCAGGCCUCUGAGGGCCCAGCCCCACCCUGAGGGAGGUGGGAGGCACCGGAGUUGCUGUGGGAGGAUAGAGGGCAAAGGGCAUGUGGGGGGGCACACGAGAGUUGGGGUUGCCUCUGAAAGGCGGGUGGACGGGAGGACCCAAGACCAGAGCGUCGGGAGGAGCCUCAGAUCCAAGCUCCAGGGCCUGUGGCUGCUCAGCAGGGGCCCCCUUUGACACCCCCUCCCCCCGAAGAAGUUUGAGGCCUCUGACCGGGUCCCAGCCUGCAUCCUGUUCCCCUCACUCAGGGCAGUGGAGGCGACCCAUCCGCAGCCCUGCCCUGGACCACGCCCCCCCACGGGGCACAGCAGGUGACGCCACCUGAGACAGGGCCCCCCCGAGUGGCCGCUGCCCACCGGGACCCUCCCCCGCCCCCCCCAGACCAGCAGCACCCACACCUCACACACACACCCGGGGACGCGCACACCCCGGUCCCCAGGAAUAAUCCUGCCCAUCUCCACCUGGGGCGGACUUUAUUACCACGGUCAUCAUCAAGACGAUCACGUGAACACAGGAAGACAGCGCCGGUUUCCAGACUGUCGUGGCAGGCGGGUGCGUGCAAAGGAAACCUCCCGCCAAACGCUACGCACAAACAACUGUCCUCUGGGUCACCGGGAGCCGUCACCCCAGGGGCAGAGCAGCACGAGGCCGUGAGGAGGAGGCUGGACCAGCCUGCGAGGACCCCACCCGGCAGGCUCCCCUCGAACUGCACCUGCUCGCGCCUCUAAUACACGUUCCCACACAAUCAGGGCGUUAAAUAUAUAGAGAUUUCGUCGGAACUGCGUUGGUUAACAAAUAAACUCACCACCUCUCUUUA